AUGGGGGAUCCGAGAAAGACCACGAUGUGCCUAUCGUUGUGUGGUCCGAUCGGUACUGCGGCCCCUGGUCCCGCAGGUUUGGGAUUGGCAUUUCGCACCUUGCCACACCGCACCCACAAAACUACGCAAUUAAUUUGGAAAGAUGUAACGCAGGAUGGUUGCACGUUCACUGGUCUGUCAAGGGACAGGAGUCUCUUACCAGGGAUGUAA